CUGCCGCCUUUUUAUUUAUUUUGUUGCUUCAAUACUUUGGAAAGAAAUAUAAAACAAUGCAAGCAUUUUUAAAAACGGGCAAAACUACAACUGGCUUGGAUAAAUCUCAGCCUAGUACUUCAGCCGGUCAUCAUUCUGGUGAAAGACGUAAACCUCCAGCACCAUGGGUAGAAAAAUACCGCCCUAAAAGCGUAGAUGAUGUGGUGGAACAAUCUGAAGUAGUUGCAGUUUUACGGAAAUGCGUCGAGGGUGCUGAUCUGCCAAAUAUGCUGUUAUAUGGACCACCUGGAACAGGAAAAACGAGUACUAUACUUGCAGCAGCUCGACAAAUUUUCGGUGAUAUGUUUCGCGAACGUAUUCUUGAGCUUAAUGCUUCCGAUGAGAGAGGCAUUAAUGUAGUGCGUACGAAAAUCAAGAAUUUUGCCCAACUUACCGCUAGUGGAACACGACCAGAUGGGCGCCCCUGUCCCCCUUUUAAGAUUAUUAUAUUAGAUGAGGCUGAUUCAAUGACACAUGCUGCUCAGGCAGCUCUACGUCGCACCAUGGAGAAGGAAAGCCGCAGUACACGUUUUUGUUUGGUCUGCAACUAUGUGUCUCGUAUUAUUGAACCCAUAACAUCAAGAUGUACCAAAUUUCGUUUCAAGUCAUUGGGCGAAACUCAAAUUAUAGAGCGUUUAAAGCAUAUAUGCCAAUUAGAACGUGUUAGCAUUAAUGAAGAUGCUUUUAAGGCCAUAGUAAAUAUAUCUGGAGGUGAUAUGCGACGUGCAAUCACUACAUUGCAAUCAUGCUAUCGUUUGAAAGGGGUUCAACAUACAAUACAAAUCGAUGAUUUAUUGGAAAUGUCUGGCAUUAUACCAGAAUCCUAUUUGAGCGAAUAUUUGGAGGUAUGCCGCACUGGAAAUUAUAAAAAAUUGGAAGAUUUUGUGCGAAACAUUGGCUAUGAGGCUUACAGUAUUGGCCAAAUGUUGGAGCAGUUUAAUGAGUAUGUUUUGAGAUGUCCCACACUAACUAGCAUGCAAAAGGCAAAAAUUUCCGAUAAACUGGGGGAAUGCUCCUUCCGUUUGCAAGAUGGUGGUUCAGAAUAUCUUCAAAUCAUGGACUUGGGAUGUGCCAUUAUUUUGGCUCUAAAAGAUUAGACCUAAAAUAUGCAAACACAUAUAGUAUUAGGUUUCCUAUUUAAUUUAUGUUACAGGUAUGAACAAAAUAAAAUCAUUUAAACGAUA